GGUUAUGACGUCACGCUGUGUUUUGAAGGCAGGCUGCUGUGCUGUCUGUUGUGUAGAAGCAGAGACACUUUAUUGAAAGUCUAUGUAGAUCGGUUUAAUUAAAUAAGAUCUAUUUCAGCGACAUCGCUGCCAAACGACACACUUUACCCAAGUCUCAGAUAAGAAAGCCAUGCAAACACUGAAGCUACCAAGCCUGAUACAGGUAUGGAUGCUCUUUCUGUGGUUUGCCUCAUGUAACUGUGGACCAGAUCCCAGAAUGCGUGAGGAUUUGAUCAAGCAUGAAAAGUCUAGACGGACAGGAGGUGACAUAGAGCUAAACAAGGAUGAGAAACUCCUUGAUGCAAAGCUCCAGAAACUAAAACAGCAUGAGAUGGAAACAGGACAGUUUCCUCCGUCCAUGCAUUUCUUUAAGGCAAAGCCCCUCAUCGAGCAAAGCCCCAUCUUUAGUUUGCUUCAGAAGAUGCCUAAAGGUGCCGCCCUACAUGUUCAUGACUUUUCCAUUGUCGAUGUGGAAUGGCUGGUGAAGAACGUCACCUACAGAGAGAACUGCUACGUGUGCUUCACCGAUGAUCAAUCUGUCCAGUUUAUCUUCUCCUGGAAGACGCCUGCAUCUCGUCUGCACUGCUCCACGUGGAUCCUGCUUCGAUCCCUCAGGGAGCAGAUAAAAAACAGCACUGAGUUGGACAACAGUUUCAUUCGAAAUCUUACACUUUUCACCGAAGACCCAGACAGAGCCUAUCCCAGCCAAAAUGUGGUGUGGAAGAGGUUCGAGAAGGCAUUUGUUGUGUUAUUUGGACUGGUGACUUAUGCACCUGUAUUUAAAGACUACCUCUAUGAAGGUCUCAGGCAGUUCUAUGCGGACAACGUCAUGUAUAUGGAAAUCAGAGCUUUGCUACCAUUGACAUACGAACUUGAUGGAAGACGAAAUGAUAGAAACUGGAGUAUGCAGGCCUACCAGGAAGUAGUAAAAAGAUUUACAGCAGAUUACCCAGACUCCUUAGGGGCUCGUGUGAUCUUCACCGUCAACAGGGGCGUGAAUGAAACCGAGGCUGUGAACGCAAUAAAGGAGGCAAUGAUAUUACAGAAGAACUUUCCAGACAUCAUGGCAGGCUUUGACUUUGUUGGACAAGAAGAUCGUGGCAGACCGUUGUGGUACUUCAAGGAGGCUUUGAGUUUACCAGAAGAGGAGGGUGUUAAACUACCCUACUUUUUCCAUGCAGGAGAGACAGAUUUACAAGGAGCAGAUGUGGAUCAGAACAUUAUGGAUGCUAUUUUAUUCAACACCACACGUAUUGGUCACGGCUUUGCCUUGGCCCAUCACCCUUUAGUCAAAGAGAUGUCUAGAAAGUUGGAUGUGCCCAUAGAAGUUUGUCCUAUCUCAAAUCAGGUGUUGAAACUGGUCUCAGACCUGAGGAAUCACCCAGCGGCAGCGCUGAUGGCCGAGGGACAUCCUUUAGUCAUCAGCUCUGAUGAUCCGUCUCUUUUUGGGGCUACUGGACUUUCUUAUGAUUUCUAUGAAGCCUUUGUGGGGUUCGGAGGAUUGAGCUCUGAUUUAGGCACAUUGAAAAAGCUGACAAUAAACUCUCUCAGGUACAGCUCAUUGCCAGAUCAAAUGAAGAAAAACGCUAUUGCAGCUUUGCUGGUAAAAUGGGACAAAUUUGUACUAGAGAGUUUAUUAGGAAGUCCCACUAGUCUCUGAACCAUGACAAUUUUAACACUUGAGUAUUGUUCGCUCUAUUUUAAAUCAAAUAUGUGCACAUACAGGAAUCUAAAGACUAUAAUAUAUACUGUGUGUGUGUUUGAUAUGAGGAAAUGAAUUGUAAUGCCUUAAAUUGGCUUGUACUGCCAUCUGCUGCAGAAUCUUUAUACUUUAUUCAAAGGCUGUUCGCAACAACAUUGAGGACUUGAACCUCAGUACUAAUUGUGAUGAGGUUUUAGGACAGAAUAAUUUGUAGAUAUUCACAAUGUACAAUCACUUCUUGUUUUUAAAACACUCUUGUAUUUUAUUGAACUUGACAGGUGGAAUGAAUGAACAUGUGUUUUGUAUGUCAACAACAACAUAAAUGUUUAAAACCAAAAACAA